AUGGAGAAGGUGACGCUACCGUCGUACUCCUCGCCGCCAGCUAGGCCAGCAAAGGCCAAGGUUCUCUUCCUGCUAUUAGUAUAUGCACUCCUCGGGUUUUCGAUAGCUACUCUUUUCCGCAAAUGGUCCUUCAGCAUCGUAGAUGCUUUCUAUCCGGUCCCACCGCAUGUGCAAGCGGCCCUCACACGCUGCCGUUCACUCAGUCUUUCCCCUGGCCCGUCACCGGAGUUCUUUGACCGCAGGGAGUCCGACCGCUACGUAUCAGGCACCAAGGCGUACCUGCUGAAGAACGCUAAGAUAUGGACUGGCGGAAGGAACGGCACGGAGAUCGUGAAUGGCGACGUUCUGCUGGACAAGGGCAUGAUCAAGGCCGUUGGACGCGUCCAUCGUGGAUUUCUGCAGUCGAUCAGGGAGGAUGUGGUGACUAUCGACGUGCACGGUGCUUGGAUAACGCCUGGUAUCGUCGACCUGCAUUCGCACAUCGGUGAUGCGUCUAGUCCGGAGCUGGAAGGCGCGAGCGGAGACGAUAACUCCUUUAAGGGUCCCAUUCAGCCGUGGCUCCGAUCUCUCGACGGGCUGAACACUCACGACGCGUCCUACGAGCUCUCUAUCUCUGGCGGUGUCACCACAGCGCUUGUCCUACCCGGUUCUGCCAACGCAAUUGGUGGACAAGGAUUCACGAUCAAGUUGCGAAAGACCACGGAAAGGUCACCGACCUCGAUGCUCCUCGAGCCUCCAUACCAAAUCAACAGCUCAUUCCCUGUGGCUCCUGGUCAUCCUCGAUGGCGUCAGAUGAAACAUGCUUGUGGGGAGAAUCCAAGUAGAGUCUAUGAUUACACCAGGAUGAAUACUGUGUGGGCCUUCCGAGAAGCCUAUAAUAAAGCGAAGGAAAUCAAAAUUUCACAGGACGAAUAUUGCUACAACGUAUUCGCCGGAAAUUACAACGCUCUAGAAAACAAGCCGUUCCCGGAGGACCUGCAGUGGGAGGCGCUCGUGGAUGUGCUCAGAGGACGUGUCAAGGUGCAAGUUCACUGCUACGAAACUGUUGACUUGGAUGAUAUCGUGAGGCUGUCGAACGAGUUCCAAUUCCCUAUCGCUGCCUUCCAUCAUGCGCAUGAGGCAUAUUUGGUACCUGAUGUCUUGAAGAAAGCUUACGAUCACCCUCCUGCCGUCGCCAUGUUCGCCACGAACGCAAGGUACAAGCGCGAGGCCUACAGAGGCUCCGAGUUCGCACCUCGGAUUCUGGCUCAGAAUGGCUUGAGGGUCGUCAUGAAGAGCGACCACCCUGUGCUCGAUUCGCGAUACCUCCUGUACGAGGCGCAGCAAGCAUACGUUUAUGGCCUCCCGGAGAACUUAGCCAUUGCCGCGGUGACGAGCACUCCCGCUGAGGUCAUGGGGAUGGGCCACAGAAUCGGUUACAUUAGGGAAGGAUGGGAUGCCGAUCUCGUCAUCUGGGACAGCCAUCCACUCGCUCUUGGCGCCACCCCGAAGCAAGUCUUCAUCGACGGAAUCCCGCAACUUGAGCAUCCCUACGUGUACAGCAAGCCUUCCAACUUCCAACUCAGACCCAAAGUGCCCAACUUCGACAAGGAAGCUGCCGACGCGAUCAAGUACGAGGGCCUUCCGCCGCUGGAGCCGAAGGAGGCAGAGCCUGACACCGUAGUGUUCACGAACGUCAAGAGCAUCUUCGUGCGCGCGAAUGGAAGCGUGCAGAUGCUUUUCACUGCACAGGAUGAUGAGCCCGCUGUCGCCUUGGUGGUUAAUGGAACGAUAAAGUGCACGGGUACCACAGCGUCUUGCCUAACCUCAUCUUUGCUCGCAGACGCUCAGGUAAUCGAUGUCAAGGGGGGCUCUAUCGCGCCUGGGCUUGCAACAUUCGGGGCUCCUCUUGGUCUCGUGGAAAUCGCUGGAGAACGAUCCACUCAGGACGGAUUUAUCUAUGACCCUCUUCUGCAGAAGGUUCCUGCCAUCCUGGGCGGAGACGUUGCACUCAUCAGUGCAAAAGAUGGGCUGCAAUUUGGCGGAAGGGAUGCUCUCCUUGCAUACAAGUACGGAGUGACGACUGCGAUCACAGCUCCCAACCAACGCGGCUUCUACGGAGGCCUCAGCGUUGCGUUCUCUACUGGAGCGCUCAACAAGCUCGAAGAAGGGGCGGUACUCCAAGAGAUCAAUGCGUUGCAUGUCUCUGUGAGACACUUUGGUGGCGCGCCAAGUAUCAGUACUCAAAUCGCUGUGCUCCGGAAACUGCUGAUGGAAGACAGCAAGGGGGAUGCCGGCAAAUGGUUCGAUGCAGUUCGCCGCGGCCGGGCUACGCUCGUGAUCGAUGCUGACAGCGCGGACGUUAUCGCCACUUUAAUCCUUCUGAAGAGGGAGGUGGAAGAGAAGUUCGACAGCACGAUCAAGAUGACCAUCGCCGGCGCGCUCGAAGCUCACAUUCUCGCCCAAGAAAUUGCCCAUGCAGAAAUUGGCAUCAUUCAAAUGCCCGUUCGGCCGUUCCCUAGUGUUUGGGAGCGUCUGAGGAUAUUGCCGGGGCAUCCGUUGACCGAGAAGAGCUCAAUCUCUGUCCUAUUGGAGCACAACGUCACAGUAGGCAUCGGUAUUGAAGAGGCGUGGAGUGCCCGUAACACUCGCUUUGACAUCGCCUGGGCUGCCUUAGAGGCUGGAGGGACGAUGUCAGAAGAGGAGGCCAUUGCCCUUGGAUCAACCAACGUCGAAAAGCUGUUGGGCGGCGAUGUCGAAAUGGAAGAGCUGCGUGACAUGGUGGUUACGGAAGGCGGUGGAUUGUUGGAUUUCGAGAGCAAAGUCGUCGCUGUCAUCUCCCCUAGGCGGAAAGCUGUGGACCUGCUGUGA